AUGGCCAUGUCUAUGCGAGCAGCGCGGUCACUGUGCCGGGGACAGGCGCUGUGUCGAACGCGCUUUCCUCUCCGAGUCAUAUCGCAGUCAUCUCGUCCCAUUGCUGUUCAGCGCACAUUCUGCUCGACCAGACGGCAAUUCGAGUCAUCACCGGAUGUGUUCCACUCUCUAAAAGAAGGACCCGCCGCUAGCUUCCUCUCGACCUUCCAGCAGAAGACGAGCGUACCACAGACGCUCACCGAGAAGAUCGUACAGCGGUAUGCAGUUGGCGUGGCAGAGGGCAAGACGCUCAGGUCUGGCGAUUAUGUCACCCUGCAGCCGCACAAAUGCAUGACACACGACAACUCAUGGCCGGUAGCUCUGAAGUUCAUGUCCAUUGGCGCGACCAAGAUCCAUGACCCGAAGCAGAUCGUCAUGACGCUCGACCACGACGUACAGAACAAGACCGAAAAAAACCUCAAGAAGUACAAUCAAAUCGAGGAGUUUGCAAAGAAGCAGGACGUGGUUUUCUACCCAGCUGGACGCGGCAUUGGUCAUCAGAUCAUGGUCGAGGAGGGCUAUGCAUGGCCAGGCACAGUCGCCGUGGCUUCCGACAGCCAUUCCAACAUGUAUGGAGGUAUUGGAUGCUUGGGAACACCAGUUGUGCGCACAGAUGCCGCGAGCAUCUGGGCAACCGGAAAGACAUGGUGGCAGAUUCCCCCCGUCGCCAAGGUCAACCUAAGGGGAGCAUUGCCAGAUGGCGUGACGGGCAAAGAUGUCAUUGUUGCCCUCGCUGGACUCUUCAACAAGGACGAGGUGCUGAACCACGCCAUUGAAUUCACCGGUAGCGACGAGACCCUGCGAACCAUCCCCGUGGACGAGCGUCUCACCAUCGCGAACAUGACGACCGAGUGGGGUGCACUCACAGGACUGUUCCCAAUCGAUUCGGUUCUUCAUGGUUGGCUGAGGGCGCGGGCCACCGAUGCCGCCAUGUUUGGAGCUCAGAACGAAUACAAAGAUCAUCACCAGGAGCAAUUCGUACACGAGCGCAUCGACAAACUGUAUAAUUCAACUGGGAUCAUCGGGCAAAACGCUGGUCAUAUUUUCCAACCUGCUUUAGCUGCGGACAAGGGAGCAGUGUACGCCAAGGAGCUUUUCCUCGACCUGUCUACACUCUCUCCCUACGUGUCUGGGCCCAACUCUGUCAAGGUCGCCACCCCGCUCGCUGAACUACAGGCUCAGGACAUCAAGGUCAACAAGGCUUAUCUUGUUUCCUGCACCAACUCGCGAGCGUCCGACUUGCAUGCUGCCGCUAGAGUUUUCAAGGACGCAGCCGCUGCUAACGGUGGCAAGAUCCCCAAGCUCCCAUCUCAUGUGAACUUCUACAUUGCAGCUGCAUCCAUUCCGGAGCAGAAGGCAUCCGAAGAGCUAGGUGAUUGGCAGGCUCUCUUGGAAGCGGGUGCACAGCCGCUCCCCGCAGGCUGCGGACCCUGCAUUGGUCUCGGUACUGGCUUGCUCGAACCCGGCGAGGUUGGCAUCAGCGCCAGCAACCGUAACUUCAAGGGCCGAAUGGGCUCACCCGACGCUAAAGCCUACCUUGCCAGCCCGGAAGUCGUUGCAGCGAGUGCAUUGGCCGGCAAGAUCUCCGGCCCCGGGUGGUAUGAAGAGCCCGCCGACUACGCAGGUGUGCGCCGCGGCGAGGGCGAUGGCAUUGUGGAAGAGGAACGCAUGAUGACAAUCGAAGACAUGCUCGAGAGGGCCAUCAAGCAAGCAGAGGAACAGAUCGAGACAGCCGAGAAUACUGCUGUCGAGACCCAGUCUAUCAACCCUCCAGACUCUGCAUCCGAGUCAGAGACUUUGACCGAGAUUCUGCCUGGCUUUCCGGAGAAAAUCAGCGGUGAGAUCGUCUUCUGUGAUGCCGACAACAUCAAUACCGAUGGCAUCUACCCCGGCAAAUACACCUAUCAGGACGAUGUGAGUCGCGAAAAGAUGGCAGAGGUUUGCAUGGAGAAUUACGAUCCCACAUUCGGAAACACCGCAAAGGCAGGAGACAUCCUCGUCUCAGGCUUCAAUUUCGGAUGCGGCAGCAGUCGUGAGCAGGCCGCAACCGCCAUCCUCGCCAAGGGCAUCCCGCUCGUCGUCGCAGGCAGCUUCGGCAACAUCUUCAGCCGUAACAGCAUUAACAACGCGCUCAUGGGCGUCGAGGUACCCAAGCUAGCCAACCGCCUCCGCGAAGUCUUCUCUUCUACAGCACCUGCUGCAUCGCAGCAGAACAUGCAAGAGCCCUCCCAGAACCGCGAGUCGCUCGACUCGCCGCCGCCAGCGGCCCAAGCACAACCUUCGCACGCUAAGCAGCUGACCAGGCGGACGGGCUGGACACUCGAGUGGGAUGUGCGAAGGAGCACUGUAAACGUGCAAGAAGGCCCCGACGGCAACAAGUGGAGCAUCAAGGUCGGUGAGCUGCCGCCCAACGUCCAGGAAAUCAUCGCGCUCGGUGGUCUGGAGAGCUGGGUCAGAAAGGAGAUUGGCGGCACGGUGUAA